AAGCCGUACCAAGACCAAUUUUUAGCUCUACCUCAGCUGUACCAGUUCAAGUGCUUUUCUCUUUCCCAACUGUACCAAGUCCAGUUAUUUUCUCUACACAAGCCGUACCAAGACCAAUUCUUAUCUCUACCUAAGCUGUACCAGUUCAAGUGCUUUUCUGUUUCCCAACUGUACCAAGUCCAGUUAUUUUCUCUACACAAGCCGUCCCAAGACCAAUUCUUAGCUCUACCUCAGCUGUACCAGUUCAAGUGCUUUUCUGUUUCCCAACUGUACCAAGUCCAGUUAUUUUCUCUACACAAGCCGUACCAAGACCAAUUCUUAGCUCUACCUCAGCUGUACCAGUUCAAGUGCUUUUCGCUUUCCCAACUGUACCAAGUCCAGUUAUUUUCUCUACACAAGCCGUACCAAGACCAAUUCUUAUCUCUACCUAAGCUGUACCAGUUCAAGUGCUUUUCUGUUUCCCAACUGUACCAAGUCCAGUUAUUUUCUCUACACAAGCGGUACCAAGACCAAUUCUUAUCUCUACGUAAGCUGUACCAGUUCAAGUGCUUUUCUCUUUCCCAACUGUACCAAGUCCAGUUAUUUUCUCUACACAAGCCGUCCCAAGACCAAUUCUUAGCUCUACCUCAGCUGUACCACUUCCAAUGCUUUUCUCCACCCUGUCUGAAAAUAAUAAAAAAUAAUUCCUAAGUGUAAACUAUGAAAUUCAAAGCGACAUUUUUGAAGGAAUUUUUUUAAUCGAAUCAGAGAUGUUGCGUGCCUAUCUCCGGUAUCUAGGCUAUUCCAAAGUUUAGCACUCUUAGACGAAAAUGAUUUCUGUCCAUUGCAUUGUUCUUUGGGAGCUUUAAAACAAUGUUUGUAAUACAUGGCUGCCAUGCUGUACCUUAGAAAGUUUUUGUGAACAUAUCACUCUUAUAUUUGGAGGCUAGAAGGUUCAAAGACUUGUGAAAUCGUCCUGAUGUGUUCAAUCAUGUAAUUGGCUGUUAUGGACUACCUAGAUUCUGAAUUUGAUUACUAGAGGCAUCAAAACCUGCAGCUCUGUCGCGGAGCAUCUGAAGUUUCGAGAUUCCAGUCAUGCCACAGCAGCCUGGAAAAUAUCGUCAAAUAAAAACAGAGACAGUGUUUGAAGUUCCUUAAAGAAAACUGUAAUUAGCGUUUUGCUAUCACUUUGCUCUUGAUACAUGGCUAUUACAAUCAAUCCAUUUUCUCAUUUUCCAGCCAAAACGUUCGCUUGUUUUAUUUGAAUCUAAGACUAUUUUUUGGCCAGUGGUACGUAAAAAGCUGUCUUCUACUAUCACCUUUUUUAGAAUUUAGUGAACCCAUUGAACAAGUGCCUAGUCUAGCUCCCUAAUUUCAGUGUAAAAGGGGAUUUGCGCGAGCGAUCUGAUAUAUUUAAUAUCGAAGAGAACAAGCAAUGAUAAGUCCGGCAUGCUACCGUUUACUUUUCGACACUGUAAAUAGGUUUCCAUUGAAGAACGCGUGUCUCGGAGAUGCAUUUACUAUCUAUAUACCACGUGCAUACAUUACAUGAAGUAUUUACGCAACAUCAUAAUAGGUAUGAAUCACCACAAUGCUACCCCUUUUUUGAAGAACAAAGUCCCAUCUUUUAAAGUUUAAAAGUCUGUUUUUUCAUUUCAUCAAGUGAGAUGGUAUUGAAAUUCCAUAUCGAACAGAAUUGGUAUUCUUGAUCGCUUUGAACGUCAUCAUUAUUCUCUGCCUCUUCAUUUGGAUCUUUUCAUUGUUCUUUGAAUCCCUGUUCUUUGUUUCUCUAUCUCGUCCCUCGUUUCAUAAUGUGGUACUUUCUUGAAAUGCGAUAUGUUUCUUGUGAUGAUCUGACUUUUGUUCUUUGCUACUACUCUUAUUUCUUUAAUCUGUAUGACAGUGAGCCGCUCUGGAUUAAACUUUGAUGUUAUCUUGUUUCUUUUCUUUUGUAGGAAAAUAACAAUGUAUCCAUCUUUAGUAUCAAUUUUAGAAUUUCGGCCUGAGCAGAGUAGUAUACACAAUCUCUACUUCUGGAAACUUUGUAUUUGUCAAUGACCCCCAAUAAAUAUUGUUGAGAAUCUUGUAUUGGUCCUAAAAAGUCAAUCCCUGCAUGAUGCCAAGGUAUGUUUUCAGUUUGUGUUAUCUGCGUUGGCUUAACUAAUUUGCUUAUACUCACUGCUUGGCAAGAAUUAGGGCUUCUAUUAAUUCUUUAACUUUUUGGCUCAUGUUUGGGUACCAAAUCUUUUCUCUCAACAAACUCUUCGUCUUUUCAAUACCUUGGUUGCCUGUGUGCUAGCUCAGUUGCUUUGUCUUGUAAGACUUCUGGGUUUAUAAUUCGGUUGCCUUUCACUGUGCACCCAUUGUGAUAUGUUUUGUUUCGCAUGCUUCGGUUUUUAGAGUUAUAUCUAUCUACCUGGCGAAACAAAAUCACGAUGGAGAAAAUGAUGCAGAAACCAUGAACUAGAGGAUAGGUUGUGUAAUUUCGAAGUCACAUUUAAGCGUUGGCUCUAAGUGUCCUGAUAUUUAACAUCAAAUUCUGACGAAAACGUUCAAUUAAGAACGCUCUCUGCUCCUGUACCUUUAUACCCCUCAAUUCCUUCCCAUCACUCUGCUAUUCACGCGCUCGAAUUGAUGAGGCUCGUGUACCCAUCCAGGGUACUGUUUUUUUGUGUGCUUUUAGUGCAAAAAACAUUUUUGAGAAAUGGGUGCUUUUGGUCCUUCUUGGAAUUGAAAAUCCUUUAAGGCUAUCUGUCGUGAAUUAUUGGUAAUUAGGAUUAUCACAGUGUAGCCUCGUGUUUUCAUUUGUUUCGCCACCUCAUCCCCCACGAACACUGAAUUUUAAUUGUGCCGUAGUUCAGCAGCCAAGAAGACAGGAAAGGAACAUCGGUAGAGAAAAAUGAAACUCGUGAGAUUUCUUGAAGCAGGCUCCUUUCUUUACUUCAUUUAGAUUCCACAGAAAGAGCUUCUCACCGGGAGAAACCACUCAAAGUUCUGCUCCAUUGCAUCUGUGAUAAAAAUCAUUUGCAAGUAAAUUUUGGACGAUAAAGUUUGUAUUGGCUUCUGAAUUUAUCAUUAAAAUCUUGUGCAGGGAUGAGACUAUCAUAGUUAUCUCUAAGAACAACGACAUUGAAGAAAAACAAUGAAGACUAAGGAACAGUUGUUGGCGAAGUAAUUUGAAGUUAGGCCGAAGUUUAAAUCUCCUUUAACAUUCCUAAGCUACACGGUCCUUUUGUCUGUUUCGACUGCUUGUUGGUGGGAUGUCAUUUUAGAAAAUUUAGUGUGGACUUGAAAGAACAAUGGUCGGUGGCUGAUCUUAUCACAGCAAUCCCGCUUAUUUACGAAAUCGUCUAGAUUAAAUUACUUUCCAAGAAUACAAUGGUAUCCUGUCGUUGUUGCUAUGCACAUGAACUAUAGUGCUAACUUGCUGGUUCAGCUAUCAACGAAUGUUUCCGCAAGGAAUGUAUUGAAACUGCUAGACCGGUUCGCAGCACACUGGAAAAUUGUUUAGAGACUUGAUGUUCUUAACAAAUCAAGCUGCAGGGUUUCAGAAGCAUUCAAAGUUAAGCCACAACCAGGAUGGCACACGGAGCGAAGCAUCUAGAAACAAGAAUACAGGCCGACAUGUUAAACUACAUGUCAACAAGGCCCAGUCAUUCGAUUACGGUGGGUGCAGGCAGGUCCUUAAAAACAACCAAAAGGAGGAGAAAACGCACCAUGAGUAUAUGCCAAAGUCUGCACCAGGCUCACCAACAGCAGGACGAAAAGCACCGCUCACUUCCAAACACUUAAAUGCUGUAAUUUCUCCAAAGACCGCCCUUAGAAACUCCCAAACAUUGUUGAAGAAGAUAGGAAGCACGGAAAAACUAAAAGACUCCGUUACCUAUACAAAAGGCAAUACUUCAAAUACCCAUCUUAAUCAGAUUGCAGCAAGAUCGUUUUGUAAUCUCACAGUUAAUGAAACGAGAGACAAAAAUCUUUUGUAUGUUGAAGACUUUCGCUUCCAAAAGUCUUCCUCUCUUCCUGAACUUUCUUGUUCAUUCGGCGCAUCUCCAGAAAAAAGGAAAUGGCAAACUGUCGCUCCCACGUCUACCGAUGGUUUACCAAACAUAGAAGAAAAAGAAUUUACAAUCUUCAGCACGGGAGACACAGAUGAAAAUAAUCGAGAUACUUCCUCAAGCUACAAUGAACACAUGGAUAGUGGACCUAUAUCUGCAGAUUGCAGCCAAAGGACAGCAGAGGAAUGUGAUUUUGAGGACAGGCUUAUUCCGCUUCACGCAUCUGCUCUCUUUACAGUCAAUAGAAGUUCUUACAACAAGGGUGCGAAUAAACGCCGUGAAAUGAUGUUGGAAAAAACAAUGUUGGAAGAUAUUUUGCCAGAAAAAAAUCAAUGCUUUGCUUAUGGGGAAGGACUAAACAAUGCAAGGAAAUAUCAAACGUCUUCAUUCUUUGUUGAAUUUUCGAAACUGACGUCUUCAGUGGACAUUGAAGUGAAAGUUACGGGGCCAAGAAUUCUACCACCUAAAAUGACGGUGAAGCAGAUUAAAAAAGGAAAGUAUGAAAUAGAAUAUACACCAAAUGCUGUUGGUAAUCACGAGAUUAGCGUUAAAUGUCAAGGGGAACAUAUAAAUAAGAGCCCAUUUACUUUCAGUGUUACUGAACAAGUGUCCACUGUCUGGGUUUUAGCUUAAAAGCGCUCAACUAUGACUUAUCAAUUUACGAAAAGCUUUUAUCAAUUCGUUUCAAAAUUAUACGAUGUGUUAGAAGAAAGACUUUAUCGUCAUAAACUCGAAUGGCAUUAAUAUUUCACAAUUGCCUUCUAAUUAUCGCUUCGUCAAAAGCACGGAAAAUUACACCCAAAUGAAUAAAGUCGCUGCUUGUCCAUGCUCUCUAUUUUCAAUGCAAAUAUUACAUCAUUCUACAAUCGAGCAGUGGCGUAGAUAGAGGGGGUCAUGGGGGGCAAAAAAACCCUCUGCAAAGCUAAACAGCUAUUCUGUCGGAUAAUUUCUUAUCUUGUCGAAAACAAAACAGGGUUUUUAAUUUUUAUCUAAGUGUUACACAGUCUUUAAAGUUUAUUAUAAUAAUUUCUUCAGUUCUACUGUCGUUAUGUUUCGUUAUCGUUAUGUUAAUCUGUGUCACAACUUGUUGAGUCUGUGUCAAAUGGUACACGGCAUGCCAUAAAAAUGACAUUUUAUAAUACGCAAAAAUACAUUUCAAUCUAGUAUCAUAUCUGUGUGUUUCUUUGGUCCUAAAUAUUUGGAACAUAUUCAAGAAAACAUAAAAGAUCGUUGUCUGUUGUCAGUUUUUAUCAAAAGUUAAAAACCUUUUAUUCACCAAGAACUAUCACAUUUGAUUCUGAAGUGAAAUUUAUUGUUCAGUCACUCAUGUAAAUGAUCAAUUACAAUCAAAACCACCUUAGAAAAGGGGGUGCUCUCUCCUCGGUUAGCUCAUCUACUGAGAGAGCUCCUCCUAAAGAAACUCACCUGCAAACAACAUCUUACGUGACUGCUAUAUAUUGUCUGUUAUUAUAAGUAUUUUGUGUUAUGUGUGAAAAUUGUAUGUAAUUAGUUGUAAUGUAAUUGUAGUAAGAUAUUGUAUGUAGAGGAAUUUUAAAAUAUAAAAAAUGAACUAGAUUGAACUUUGUUUAAAUGUAUGAAAAAAUUAAAAUUUUUUUCAGAUUUUUGUCGGAAAAUCUCAGUUUCGCCCCUCCCAUGAAAUUUUCUAUCUACGCCACUGCCACCGCACCAAUCAUAAUUAUAUUGAAACUUCUCGUAAAUAGACAUCUAAAAAUGUAGAUGAAGUUAUAAAAAAAUAUGUUAAAUAACUAGUCCACAAACAAAACUAAACGGAAGUCCUGGGUUCUUGGGCCUUAAUCACCAAAUCAUGUUCAUAAUUUUGCAAAAAAAUUGGUGACUUUUGACUGGUUCGUUCUGCGAUUCAGCCAAUCACUUUGAGUGUGGGCAAUCACACCUGGACGGGCGUCUGCUGUGUCAUUGUUUCCUUUUGACUCGAGAAAACAAAAUACAUCUUCAAGGCAAGAUACACUCACAUUUUUGAUAAGAAACAAAGGUCGAUGUUGAGUACUCCAGUUUCUUAAUGUUCUGGAAAUUUCAAUACAUAUUGUUUCUUAUGAGUUUCUUAAUCAUGAUGUCAUGAAUGAUGUUAUGAAACGUUCGUGGCCUCUUUUAUCACGUCAAGAGAUUCGCUUCCGUUCUGAUGCUGUAUUUGGGUGUGGGAAGUAUAUUUUUAUUCCUUAUGUCUCAAGCGCUAGGCCAACAGGGCAAUAAUGUUCUUGGAUUUUACAAAAUUUCGUUGCUCUCAGUUUUAUCACGAUUUAAUUGUUUCUUAAUUUUUUUGCUUCGAGAACUGAAGUUUCUUAUUUUUUUUCUGACUGUCCAGUACUCGUUUCUUAUAGCCAGUUUCAUAUAAAAAAUUGAGCGUAUUGCCUCAUGAUACAAAUGGCCGUAUCAACGGGGUGGAAUUAUAAAGAAUCCGGCUGUUUGGGAUCGCAAAUAUGACCGCUGGCCGUAUUGACGGGAGUCCGCAUAAACGGGGUUUUUUAUGAGACUAUGUAUGGCCGUUUUUCCGGGCCAAACAAAUGUGGCCGUAAUAACGAGGUGGCCGUAUUAACGAAAUGGCCGUAAGGCGGGGUUCCACUGUACCUUUUUCGAAAUGACCUUGCACUAAUAACUUCACUUCAACUC